AUGUUAAAACUAAAACUCUCGAAAGAGCAAUGCAAUGAAAGUUGCUCUUCCGGUAUGUCUCCUUUUAACCUUUUUUCUUCCCAAAGAGAUCCUAUCUCGUCGUUUUCGGCAGGCCCUGUAGGGGACGAUCUAUACCACUGGCAGGCGUCCAUCAUGGGCCCACCAGACUCCCCAUACGCAGGCGGUGUGUUCUUUCUAUCCAUCCACUUCCCAACCGACUACCCAUUCAAACCUCCUAAGAUCUCAUUCACCACAAAGAUAUAUCACCCAAAUAUCAACGCCAACGGUAACAUCUGUCUAGAUAUCUUGAAGGAUCAGUGGUCUCCAGCGUUGACUCUCUCGAAGGUCCUGUUGUCCAUCUGCUCUCUACUGACGGACGCUAACCCUGACGAUCCUUUGGUCCCAGAAAUUGCACACAUUUACAAAACGGACAGAUCCAAGUACGAAGCUACAGCGAGAGAAUGGACAAAGAAAUUCGCUGUUUAA